AUGGCCGACCCUACGCCCUCGACAUCCACACAGCCGCCGUCGGAGCCCGUCCUGUCCCAGGACCCGGCCAAGGACAAGGCGCUCAAGGCGUACAAAAAGGCGCUCAAGCAGCACGAGGAGCUCUCCGAGUCGCUCAAGAAGUUGCGCUUCGGCCUCCGCGACCUCGAAAAGGCCUACGACAAGACCGAGGACGACAUCAAGGCGCUCCAGUCGGUCGGCCAGAUCAUCGGCGAGGUCCUCAAGCAGCUCGACGACGAGCGCUUCAUUGUCAAAGCCUCGUCCGGCCCGCGCUACGUCGUCGGCAUCCGCGCCAGCGUCCCAAAGCACAAGCUCAAGCAGGGCGUCCGCGUCUCGCUCGACAUGACCACCCUCACCAUCAUGCGCAUCCUCCCACGCGAGGUCGACCCGCUCGUCUACAACAUGAGCAUGGAGGACCCGGGCGCCGCCAGCUUCGCCGGCAUCGGCGGCCUCGGCGACCAGAUCCGCGAGCUCAGAGAGGUCAUCGAGCUGCCCCUGCUGAACCCGGAGCUCUUUAUGCGCGUCGGCAUCAAGCCGCCAAAGGGCGUGCUCCUCUACGGCCCGCCGGGAACGGGCAAGACGCUGCUGGCGAGGGCCGUGGCGUCGACGCUCGAGACCAACUUCCUCAAGGUGGUCUCGAGCGCCAUCGUCGACAAGUACAUCGGAGAGAGCGCCAGGCUGGUGCGCGAGAUGUUCGGCUACGCAAAGGAGCACGAGCCGUGCAUCAUCUUUAUGGACGAGAUCGACGCCAUCGGCGGGCGGAGGUUCAGCGAGGGCACCAGCGCCGACCGCGAGAUCCAGCGGACGCUCAUGGAGCUCCUCAACCAGAUGGACGGCUUCGACUACCUGGGAAAGACCAAGGUCAUCAUGGCCACCAACCGGCCCGACACGCUCGACCCGGCGCUGAUGCGGCCGGGCCGCAUCGACCGCAAGAUUGAGAUCCCGCUGCCCAACGAGCAGUCGCGCCUCGAGAUCCUCAAGAUCCACACAAAACCCAUCGCCAAGCGCGACGAGCUCGACUACGAGGCCAUCGUCAAGCUCAGCGACGGCUUCAACGGCGCCGACCUCCGCAACGUCGCCACCGAGGCCGGCAUGUUUGCCAUCCGCGACGACCGCGACUACUGCGUCCAGGAGGACUUUAUGAAGGCCGUCAGAAAGCUCCAGGAGGCCAAGAAGCACGAGUCCAAGAUCGACUACUCGGCCGUCUAG